AUGCUUGCUAACUGUCAGGUUGUGGACAGCUGGUACAAGACCAACGAUGACGAGUCCUUUGCCAUGGCGCGUAUGCUGAUCCGUGAUGAAGGCUUACUGUGUGGUGGUAGUUCGGGCUCAGCCAUGGCAGCAGUAGUGAAGGUGGCUAAGGAGCUGAAAGAGGGCCAGCGCUGCGUGGUCAUUCUGCCAGACUCUGUCCACAACUACAGGUGGUGGAAUCUGACUGUUCAGGAGUUGAGUCUGUCUGCUCCUCUGACCGUUCUGUCCUUGCUGAUUCUGGGCAUGGUCACACUGGGCAACAUGCUCUCAUCUGAACUCACCAGUAAGGUCAGUCCUGAAGAUCCCAUCAUUAAAGUGCUCUACAAGCAGUUCAAACAGGUUCAUCUCACAUAUAAACAGGACAAACUCUCUCGGAUCCUGGAGACAGAUCAUUUUGCCCUGGUGGUGCACGAUCAAAUCCAGUACAUGACCGAUGGGUCAUCCACUUUGAAGCACGUGGUGUUUGGCACCAUCACAGCCAUCGACCUGCUGAACUACGUGCCCAGUCGUGAGAGGAGGGAGCGAACGCUGUCUGAAUGCUCACUCCCAGACGAGCUGUAA